CGUGAAUUUCAUUUUCCACACGGACAAUAAUAACAGGAGAACAAAGAUGGCGACGUCCCUGCUCAGGUUAGGUCGACUUGGAUCUGUCAAGUGUCUCCUGCGUGAGGGCUGGAGCACACCUAAGGCCCCAUUUGUUGCAGCACUGUGCACCAAAGGCGAUGUCCCACCCAAAACACCAAAAAAGGCAAAGGCUUCAAGUAAGACCAUAGAGGCCGAUGAGCGGGCCUCUCUUCUAGCCUACAAGCCCGCUGUUGCCUUCCCUUCUAAGCUGUCUGCCGCAGGAUUUCUUCUCAAAGACGUAGCUUUAGGUAAGUCUGAAACUGCUGAGGCGGUUUCCACAGCCGCUGCAAAUGAGACGACAACUGACAGUCCUGUUGCUGAAACGGCAGCGGCUGACAUUGCUGUAGAAGAGGCAAAGAUCACGGAAGUCCCGCCUACUGAUGGAGCCACUACAGAAAUUGGAGGAAGUAAGACCUCGGAUGUUAAGGCAGAAGUACAGAAAGAUCAAGACGAUACCUCUUCCUCAUCCUCCAGUGAUUCUGAUUCAGACUCUGAUUCUGAUGAUGAGAAACCAAAGACUGAAACACCGGUGCAGUCUGGAGAGAAAGCAGCAGAAGAGAAGAAAGCUCCUGGUCUGACAACUGAAGAAGUGGGUGUUCCAGAUAAAGAAGCAAACCCUGAAACUACGGCAUUUGGAGAAGCUCAAGAAAGUGCUGAAACUGUGACUAAAGCAACACCAGAAGAGGUUCCUGCACCAAGUGCUAAGCCAGUUGGAUCAGUGGAGACCCUUAUUGAUCCUGCCCCUGUAAUAUCCUCCACAUCUGAAGCAGUUCAUGAAGUUUCCAGUGAAUCCAUUACUGUUGCCACUUCUGACAAUAUAUUGGACUCUGCAACAGAAAUGAAAACGGCUCCUACGGAGGAGAUUGCUGUUGAAAAGGAACCAGAAAUUAAAGUUGAAAAAGAACCAGAAAUCAAAGUUGAAGAGGCUGUCAAAGUUUCUGCAGAAGUUCUCCAAGAAGUCACUACAGAAGCCAGGUCUGAAGACGUAGCUGACACCACUGUUGACGCUGGUCCUGAAGUAUCUUCCGAGGCUCCUGGAGAUGUUCCUGCACCCAAAGCUGAGGCAGGAACACUGAACGCUGAAGGAACCCCUUCAGAAGAGCUGGUGGACCCUGCACCUGUGACCGCUGAUGCUGUCGAGGCUCUGGCUGAGACGGACGUUGUGGAAACACCUGAGGAACAAGCCCCAGAGAAAGCCCCGGCGCCGGAGCCCUUUGACAACACCACGUACAAGAACCUGCAACACCACCAGUACGACGCGUACACCUUUGCUGAUCUGGAUGUAGAGAUGUCUAAACACCGUCUGCCGCAGCCUUCCGCAGCCCGGCACUGAGUCUCCAUCGCAUGGCCCGUGUCACUGUCCACAACCCUGUUUCUCCCCCCCAUCUUCCUUUGUUCUUCAGAUGAUUUGCUGAGAAAUCUCAAAGCUUUACGCUAGACUUCUAUAAUUAUGGAAUUAAAACAGAUAAUCUAACUUCA